UCAUUGUGUAGCGUGGCGAGGGCGGACCGUGUGACGUCGAGCCGAGGCUCUGGCUGUUUAUUGUUCCUUCCUCAGCACGGACAGAGAGAAACGGGCUAACAGUCUGUCAGCCACUUUCUUCACACGGUAACGUUCGAUUUUACGAAGGUGUAACGGGCUAGACAGCUAACUGCACAAACCAGGGGUCAUGGCGUAUGCGUACCUCUUCAAAUACAUCAUCAUCGGAGACACGGGUGUGGGAAAGUCAUGUCUAUUACUACAGUUCACAGACAAGAGGUUUCAGCCAGUUCACGACCUCACCAUCGGUGUGGAAUUCGGCGCGAGGAUGAUCACUAUAGAUGGCAAACAGAUCAAAUUGCAAAUCUGGGAUACGGCUGGUCAGGAGUCGUUCCGGUCCAUCACCAGGUCUUACUACAGAGGAGCGGCAGGAGCACUCCUAGUCUAUGACAUCACAAGAAGGGACACUUUCAACCACUUGACGACCUGGUUAGAGGAUGCCCGCCAACAUUCCAACUCCAAUAUGGUCAUCAUGCUCAUUGGCAACAAGAGUGACCUGGAGUCAAGGAGAGAGGUGAAGAAAGAGGAAGGUGAAGCAUUUGCCAGAGAACAUGGACUCAUAUUCAUGGAGACCUCAGCUAAGACUGCCUCUAAUGUAGAGGAGGCUUUCAUCAACACAGCCAAGGAGAUCUAUGAGAAGAUCCAGGAGGGAGUGUUUGAUAUCAACAAUGAGGCUAACGGUAUUAAGAUUGGACCCCAGCAUCCCACCACCAACUCCACACUGUCCAAUACCCAGGGAGGCCACCAGGCUGGAGGGGGCUGCUGCUGAAGCCCCAGAACGCGCCUCCUUAACCUCCAGCCUCGACCCUUCCUCCUCCUCGCCUGCUCCGACCCUCUUGCAUUUCUACAGAAAUGUCCAGGCUCUCUUAACAGUUUAACCUCUCUCUCUCUCUCUGUCUCUCUCCUGCUGCAUUUUUUUCGCUGCAUCUCAUCUCCCCCGAGUCUCUUAACCAUUUUCAUGAGGUCUAGGAGCUGCACCCCAACCAGUCAUCCUGCAGGUUUACGAGGACAGAGUCCGCCUCACCUGCAGAUGUGCCCACCUAAUUUGUAGUUUUUCCUCAGUAGAUUUUGGUUAGACACCUAUCGGAGUGUUAUUCCAGCAGUUCCUCUGAAUUCUUUUGGGUGUUGUUGGGAUGAUUCAGUGCCGCAGGAUCGCAAAGCUCUGCGGUGAGUCGACUUUGUCAAGAUGGAGACAUGACCGAGGGUAGACGUGAAACACUCUUAACUGGCUGGUUAUAUGGAAUAAAGCGGGCGCUGUGUUUUGUCUAUACACACAUCUGUACAUGUUUUUAAAGACCGUGUUGAUAGCAGGACAUGUUUCAACACGCUGAGUCAGUUUUCAUUCUGUGCCUGUGUGUAUAGGGAUGAUACAAGUAUUCCACUGUCAGUCUGUGAGGUGGGGGAGGCUCCAAGUCGUUCUGUAUUUUGUCCAUAAAAAAAUGUGCAAAUCAUGUCCUUUUUGUCCUUCCUUUUCCCUGCUUUUUGUCCUUGUUCUCUCUCUGUCCUUGUGCCCUUUUUGUUCAUUUGCAGAUGAUUUGUAUUACUGAACACUAAAAACUGCUUACAGUGUUUUAAACCACAUGGAGAGAGAAUAAAAGACCAAACUGUUGA